AUGAACACACCUAGCCAGUAUGAGAAUCCACCGAUGUAUUCCCCAUCUGAGGAAUUCAACUACUUCAUCGAUGAAAAGGCCAACACUCCCCUGAUCCUCCGACCCCAACAAAACGAGCCCGGGUUUGCUGUUGCAUCUGCUCUCAGCCGAGGCUUGCAAGUGCCAUCCAGAUCCAGAGCCUGCACAUCGGGAUUCGAGUAUCCAGAUGAACUGUCUCAUUACGACAUUUCCAAAGAAGACUGGACACAAUUUACAAAAGUGGUUUGCGACGAAGCCAAGCUUUCCCGUCUGCAAUGGACCACCGUGGUUGGGAAAGGCCUGGGUGUCAUGGCAGUGGGCGGGCUGAUGGUCGGCCUUCUGGGUGCUAUCCCCGCGAUAUUCGUUGCCCGUCUCACUAGGAAUCGAAGAGAACAACAAAAUCUGAUCUCGGCACUGGCUGGAGCCCGUGGUGAACGCCUUGCUCGACAUAUCUCGCAAUGGAACGAGACUGUCUUUCAGCCUAGAGGUGUUUUGAUCCGGGUCGAUUUGCCAGAUGAAUACUUGAAUGACAUGAAAGAUAUGGAUAUUCGAACGAAUCGUGGCUCUGAAAGGUCUCUUAGGGAGAUUCAGGAUAAGGCCGCGAGUAAGGCGAGAAUUGUGAUCAUCCCCCUGGAUGAGCCGACGUCAACGAAGCAUUUCCCGGGCUAG